GAUGGGGAAAACCGAUGUUAACGCUAAAUGAGAUAAUAUGCGAUCAGCCGCGAAGUUCAUGAGAAUGAAAACAAAAAGAGACCAAUAUGAAAGAGUCAGUACGAGAGAUUCUGAAGCUUUCACUACUCGAGUAUCUAACUCAAAUUCAAUGGGCUCGUCAAGAGAUGAAGAGAGCGACGAUGAGUCCUGGAGAACGAAAGAUUACGAAGAUGCGCUUCAGUGUGCCGGUUUCGGUAGGUUCCAGUACAUUCUUGCUAUGAUAUGUGGCUGGGCAAAUGCGAGCGAUGCAGUCGAGAUUCUAUCAGUGUCUUUUAUUCUAUCUCCAGCGCAGUGUGCUAUGGGUUUGAAAUCAAGUGAGAAAGGCGUUCUCAGUUCCAUAGUGUUUGUGGGAAUGAUGAUUGGUGGUUAUUUUUGGGGAUAUUUGGCCGACAUAAAUGGACGCAGACAAGUGUUGAUGGUGUCUCUGACUUUUAAUGCCGUGUGUGCUAUCAUAUCUAGUUUGUGUCAGACCUACUGGUGGUUCCUUUUGUUCCGACUUCUAAGCGGAAUCGGCGUAGGUGGAUCGAUCCCCGUUGUCUUCUCAUACGUGGCUGAGUUUAUGCCAAAACAACACCGUGGUAAAAUGAUCAGUGUUGUGGCCUUCUUCUGGAUGUGUGGAAAUAUAGUGGCAGCUGCCCUGGCUUGGAUUGUCAUUCCGAGAGACUGGGGACACCGAUCGGAACAUUUCGAUUACUCCAGUUGGAGAAUUUUUAUUGUAGUGUGCACGUUGCCGUCCUUGACCUCGGCUGUCUUUUUCGCAUUGCUGCCCGAGAGUCCCAAGUUUCUCAUACAUAAAGGAGAGGAAACGAAGGCCUUGCAGGUGUUGGCGAUGGUUUACCAGAUUAACAAGAGAAGAGCCCGUCAGUUCUACCCGGUGAAGUCUAUCCUUCUGGACGACUACAACUGCAACAGAUAUGAUACUAUUUCAUCCACUGGUCCCUCUGUAAUACACACCUCAUCAAAUCUGGUCAAGAGAGUGCUCCUCGACACAUUACAUAAGAUAGCAGCUGUGUUUGCAACGACGUGGAGUCUGUUCAAGCCCCCUCUUACAAGGAGGACUUUAGUAUUGGUAGUGCAGAUGUUCACGCUCUCAUUUGGCUACUAUGGUCUCUGGUUGUGGCUUCCCACUCUACUGGACGACAUGAACAAGAACGGAGGCAGUGCUUGUGACAGACCCUCCAACACUAGCUCAGCCUCCGACCCAGACUGCAAUCAAGAUGGGAGUGCGAACAUAGAUGACGAAGUAUAUAAGCAGUCCUUCAUCACAUCUCUCUCCAACUUGCCCGGAAACAUACUAACCAUAUUCCUAGUAGACUACACCGGCAGAAAGUCUCUGCUGGUAUCAAGCAUGAUCCUGUCCGGUGUAUCGGUGCUAUUCAUCUGGCUGGUGCAGACCACCACCCAGACUCUCAUCAUGAUGUGCAUAUUCGGAGGCAUAUCGGUCAUCGGCUGGAAUGUGUUGGAUGUAUUGCAAUGCGAGUUGUAUCCUACCAAUAAAAGAGCCCUAGCAAUUGGCUUCUUAACUCUAGUUGGCCGAAUCGGCUCCAUCAUUGCCAAUCUUGCCUUCGCAGCUCUCAUUGAGGAGCAUUGUGCAGUUCCCAUCCUAACAGUAGCUGUAUUCAUGCUAUUUGGAGGCUUCUUAGCGUUAUUCUUGCCGAACAUGCAGGGAAAGCCGUUGGAGUAGAAAAAAAACUGGUAGAAAUCUACUUUAAAUUUAUGCCAGUCGGGCCAUUACUGUAGAUUAUACUUAGAAUUGAAAUUAUUUAUUGAAUUUUUAAAUUUUAUGCAUAUCUGAAAAUUGUAAAGGUUUUAU